AUGACAGGAAGCGAUCUGUUCACGCAGGUAAAUGCGUGCAUGGACACGCUGGGACUGAAAUGGGACAAACUGGCAGGUGUCACAACAGACGGUUGUCCAAAUCUUACAGGUAAAAAUGUUGGACUUUUGAAACGUAUGCAAAAUAAAGUGACUGAAAUCGACGCAGAUCAGAAAUUGGUAUUUUUGCAUUGUAUUAUGCACCAACAUGUGUUGUGGAAGUCAGUGCUAAAAAUGGACCAUGUUAUUGAUGUUGUAACUAAAAUAGUAACCUUCAUCAGGGCACGGGCAUUGAAUCACAGACAGUUUGUCGCACUUUCGGAGGAGCAUGAGACUGAGCAUAGUGACAUGGGCUACCACACAGCUGUCAGAGGGCUCAGCCUUGGCAAAGUGCUGAAAAGAGUUUGGGACCUGAAGGCAGAGAUUCGAGAAUUUUGUGAGAAGAAAGGCAAAGACAUCCCAGAGCUCUCAGAUGAGGACUGGAUGGCAGAUUUUGCAUUUGCUGUUGAUGUGACUGCACUGAUGAAUGAACUGAACACCAAACUGCAAGGCAAGGGCUUUUUUGUUCAUGAAAUGCACAGCCUGGUGAAGGUGAGAAAGAUGCAGUUUCUUUCAAGCCAACUGGAGAGCAACACUCUCACUCACAUGCAAACCCUGAAAGAAGUCACACCAUCAGCUGAUCACCUCCGCAGGUACUCAUCCAUCUUAGGAGCAUUGCAUGUGUGGAUAAUGCACCCAGUGACGUUCAGCUGGAACUCAUUGACCUGCAGUCUGAUGCAGUACUGGUAG